AGAAGAACCUACUACGACAGUUUCAUUUUCUUAAGAAAAAAAUAUAAAGCUGUGAGAGUGUGUGUGUUUUCUUGAGUGUGAUACUACAAACAAACCUGGUGUGAAUCGAAAAAUGGCUACGAUCAAGUUUAUUAAGGCGCGUCAGAUCUUCGAUAGCCGUGGAAAUCCCACCGUAGAAGUUGAUGUUGGUGUUGAAGUUCCUGAACAUAAAGGUUCACCGAUUUUGGCUAGAGCUGCUGUGCCAAGCGGUGCUUCUACAGGUAUCUAUGAAGCCUUGGAGUUGAGGGAUGGUGGAAAAGACUACCUUGGUAAAGGUGUCUCCAAGGCAGUGGAGAAUGUGAAUAAAAUCAUUGGACCUGCUUUGCUUGGCAAGGACCCAACAGAGCAGACUAAAAUUGACAAUUACAUGGUACAAGAGCUAGAUGGAACUGUUAAUGAAUGGGGUUGGUGCAAGCAAAAGCUUGGAGCAAAUGCUAUAUUGGCAGUAUCCCUUGCUGUUUGUAAAGCUGGUGCCAUGGUGAAGAAGAUCCCCCUUUACCAGCACAUUGCCAAUCUUGCUGGGAACAAGACCUUAGUGCUUCCUGUACCUGCUUUCAAUGUUAUAAAUGGAGGUUCCCAUGCAGGCAACAAACUAGCUAUGCAGGAAUUUAUGAUUCUUCCUGUUGGGGCAUCUUCUUUCACGGAAGCCAUGAAGAUGGGUGUAGAAGUAUAUCAUCAUCUGAAGGCUGUAAUUAAGAAGAAGUAUGGGCAAGAUGCCACUAAUGUUGGUGAUGAAGGUGGCUUUGCUCCUAAUAUUCAGGAAAACAAAGAGGGUCUUGAAUUGCUGAAGACUGCUAUUGCAAAAGCUGGAUAUACGGGAAAGGUUGUUAUUGGCAUGGAUGUUGCUGCAUCAGAAUUCUAUGAUAGCAAGGAUAAGACCUAUGACUUGAAUUUCAAGGAAGAGAACAAUGAUGGAUCACAAAAAAUAUCUGGAGACAGCUUGAAGAAUGUUUACAAGUCAUUUGUGUCUGAUUAUCCAAUUGUGUCCAUUGAGGAUCCAUUUGAUCAAGAUGACUGGGAACACUAUGCCAAGAUGACAGCUGAAAUUGGCCAGCAUGUGCAGAUUGUUGGUGAUGAUCUUCUGGUGACAAACCCCAAGCGUGUGGAAAAAGCUAUUCGGGAGAAGACCUGCAACGCCCUUCUGUUGAAGGUGAAUCAAAUUGGUUCAGUAACUGAGAGUAUUGAAGCAGUGAAAAUGUCUAAACAUGCUGGUUGGGGUGUCAUGGCAAGCCACCGAAGUGGUGAAACCGAGGAUACCUUUAUUGCAGACCUUUCAGUUGGAUUGGCAACAGGCCAGAUCAAGACUGGAGCUCCUUGCAGAUCAGAACGCCUUGCUAAAUACAACCAGCUUCUUAGGAUAGAGGAAGAGCUUGGACCCGCAGCUGUCUAUGCUGGAUCGAAGUUCAGAGCACCCGUGCAGCCAUACUGAGGUGGUUAUCAGAAUCACUGUGGAGUGUAGCGUCUAUCAAUAAGCUCCUUUAUUAUCUGGUUUUACGGGAGGUGUAAGUUUUGUGUUACUUUAAGCUUCUUUAGGAGCAGAGGAUUUUACAGUCGGGUAAAGCUGAGAACUUUUGUCAAGAGUGAAGAUUAUAGUCGACUGGUUUGUAUGUCUACUAUGGAAAAUCUAUUUUGUUGAUCAGAACCUUUUUAUAUGAAAGGUGCAACUUUGCCACUUGAUUGUGGUGGUUGCAUUAUCUUACUAAGGAUGAAA